AUGCUUGCCUACUUGGGGAUCACCCUGUAUCUCGCAUCCGCUGUACUGGCAGACAGUGGACAGUACUAUGCGGCCCCUGGGCAGGUAUAUUCACCGUACAAGUUGGAUAGCAAGAAGAAACUAAGUCUCACGGCAAACGUAGGAAUCGGUAGUGGCAGUGGUUCUAAAAGACCAGGAUUCUACGUUGGAGGAGGGCUUGGGGCUGGAAUCGGAGGAGCAGGGAUUUCAGCAUCCGGAUCCAUCAGUAGUGGAGGAUAUAGACCUAGCGGCGCAGGAUCAUCAGCCACGGCUGGCUCUGCAAAUGGUGCAAACAAAAGACCUGGAAGUGGAGGAUCGGCAUCUACUGGAAGUGGUGCAGUAGCCGGUGGAUAUGGAGGAAGUGGAGGAGUAGCCGGUGGAUAUGGAGGUAGCACAGGAUAUGGUGGCUCAGGAGCCACAGCGACUAGUGGUUCUGGAAGUGGAGGAGUAUCCGGUGGAUAUGGAGGUAGCGCAGGAUAUAGUAGUUCAGGAUCAACAGCCAGCAGUGGUUCUGGAAGUGGUGGAGUAGCAGGUGGAUAUGGAGGUGGUGCUGGAUAUGGUGGUUCAGGUUCCACAGCGACUAGUAGACCUGGUAGUGGAGGAGUAGCGGGUGGAUAUGGAGGAAGCGCUUCAUAUGGGGGUUCAGGUUCAACAGCAACUAGUGGAUCUGGAAGUGGAGGAGUAGCCGGUGGAUAUGGAGGAAGCGCUGGAUAUGGUGGUUCAGGUUCAACAGCGACUAGUGGAUCUGGAAGCGGAGGAGUGGCGGGUGGAUAUGGAGGAAGCGCUGGAUAUGGAGGUUCAGGUUCAACAACGACUAGUGGAUCUGGAAGCGGAGGAGUGGCGGGUGGAUAUGGAGGAAAUGCUGGAUAUGGAGGUUCAGGUUCAACAGUGACUAGUGGAUCUGGAAGCGGAGGAGUGGCGGGUGGAUAUGGAGGAAGCGCUUCAUAUGGGGGUUCAGGUUCAACAGCAACUAGUGGAUCUGGAAGUGGAGGAGUAGCCGGUGGAUAUGGAGGAAGCGCUGGAUAUGGUGGUUCAGGUUCAACAGCGACUAGUGGAUCUGGAAGUGGAGGAGUGGCGGGUGGAUAUGGAGGAAGCGCUGGAUAUGGUGGUUCAGGUUCAACAGCAACUAGUGGAUCUGGUAGUGGAGGAGUAGCGGGUGGAUAUGGAGGAAGCGCUGGAUAUGGUGGUUCAGGUUCAACAGCGACUAGUGGAUCUGGAAGCGGAGGAGUGGCGGGUGGAUAUGGAGGAAGUGCUGGGUAUGGUGGUUCAGGUUCAACAGCAUCUAGUGGAUCUGGAAGUGGAGGAGUGGCGGGUGGAUAUGGAGGAAGCGCUGGAUAUGGUGGUUCAGGUUCAACAGCGACUAGUGGAUCUGGAAGCGGAGGAGUGGCGGGUGGAUAUGGAGGAAGCGCUGGAUAUGGAGGUUCAGGUUCAACAACGACUAGUGGAUCUGGAAGCGGAGGAGUGGCGGGUGGAUAUGGAGGAAAUGCAGGAUAUGGUGGUUCAGGUUCAACAGUGACUAGUGGAUCUGGAAGUGGAGGUGUGGCGGGUGGAUAUGGAGGAAGCGCUGGAUAUGGUGGUUCAGGUUCAACAACGACUAGUGGAUCUGGAAGCGGAGGAUUGGCGGGCGGAUAUGGAGGAAGCGCUGGAUAUGGAGGUUCAGGUUCAACAACGACUAGUGGAUCUGGAAGCGGAGGAGUGGCGGGUGGAUAUGGAGGAAAUGCAGGAUAUGGUGGUUCAGGUUCAACAGCAACUAGUGGAUCUGGAAGUGGAGGAGUAUCCGGUGGUUAUGGAGGAAGCGCUGGAUAUGGUGGGUUAGGUUCUACAGCGACUAGUGGUUCUGGAAGUGGAGGAGGAUCCGGUGGAUAUGGAGGAAGCUCUGGAUAUGGUGGUUUAGGGACGACUGCGACUAGUGGAUCUGGAAGUGGAGGAGUAUCCGGUGGUUAUGGAGGAAGCGCUGGAUAUGGUGGGUUAGGUUCUACAGCGACUAGUGGAUCUGGUAGUGGAGGAGUAGCCAGUGGACAUGGAGGAAGUGCAGGACAUACUGGUUCUGUAGGUAGUGGAUACGGAGGUAGUGCAGGAUAUGCAGGCUCAGGAUCUGUAAGUGGUGUCUAUGGUGGUUCUGCAGGGUCGGCUGGGGCUGGCACAGGGUACGGAGGUGCUAACACUGGAACUCUUACCGUAGUGGGAGGACAGCCUGUCUGUACAUGCCCAUGCAGUGGAUCUCGAGGAGGUUACCGGCAAACUGUCCCUGCCAGGGGUGGAGCAUAUUACGGAUAA